AUUCACAGUGGAAGACAGUCUUAUGAAUGUAGGGAGUGUGGGAAAGCUUUUACAUCUGUUUUCAUCCUCAAUCAUCAUCAGAGAGUCCACAGAAAAGAAAGACCUCAUCAGUGCCGUGAAUGUGGAAAAUCUUUUAUGCUCAGUCUACACCUUCAUAUACACCAAAUAGUUCACACUGGAGUAAAGCCUCAUCAGUGCAGCGAGUGUGGGAAAUCGUUUUCAGCUGGUUCCAAGCUUAGUAACCAUCAGAGAGUGCACAGCGGAGAAAGACCUUAUGAGUGCAGCGAAUGCGGGAAGUCUUUUAUCCAAAGGCAUCACCUUAUGACACACCAGAGAGUUCACACCGGAGAAAGGCCACACCAGUGCAAGGAAUGUGGGGAGUUUUUUGCUUCCGGUUUUAACCUCAGAAAUCAUCAGAGAAUUCAUACCGGAGAAAGGCCUUACGAGUGCAGUGAAUGUGGCAAAUCCUUCAUCCAAAAAUGUUACUUUCUUACACACCUGAGAAUUCACACAGGAGAAAGGCCUUAUGAGUGCAGUGUAUGUGGGUCAUCUUUUACCACCAAUUACGCCCUCCAUAAACACCAGAGAGUUCACACAAGCAAAAGGCCUUAUGAGUGUACUGAAUGUGGGAAAUCCUUUAGGACAAAUUCUUACCUCAUUGAACACUGGAGAGUUCACACUGGAGAAAAGCCUUAUCAGUGUAGAGAAUGUGAGAAAUCCUUUUCGACUGGAACAGGCCUCCGUUAUCAUCAGAGCGUUCACACCGGAUUAAAGCCUUUUGAGUGCAGUGAAUGCGGGAAGUCUUUUCCCUGUAGCUCAGCGCUCAUUCGACAUCAAAGAACUCACACAGGAGAAAGGCCUUAUGUGUGCGUUGAAUGUGGGAAAUCCUUUAUUCGAAGACAUCAUCUUGUUGAACACCAGCGCAUUCACACAAAGGCCUCAGGAUUGUAGAGAAUAUGGGCGAUCUUCUUUUUCCCCUCUGGGAAAUCUUUUAAAAAUAUUUUCUAGUCCAAUUAACAGUGGAUAGUUCACAUGGGAGAAAGGUGUUUGAUUGCAAAAAUAUGCUAAAUCCUUUAGCCGUAAAUCUUCCCUUUCUUAGCACCUGAGACUUAAUGUUGGUGAAAGGUCUCAUGAGUGUAGUGGACGUAUGAAAUGUUUUAGCUGUAUCUAUGGUGUUUGUUUUUAUCUGAGAGUUCACGUAGGUUGAAGGCUGUAUGUUGCAGCAAAUGUGAAAAAUCGUUUACCCGUAGCUUGCCAGUCUUUCCGUCCCUGUCAGUUCACUCAAUAGAAUGGUCUUAGGGCUGCAGGGAAUGUGGGAAAUCCUUUUCCGAAAGGAUUUACCUUAUUGUACAGUGUAGCGUUUGCAUGAGAGAAAUAUUUCAG